AUGUCGUCGCUUCGUAACAUCAACCACGAAAGGCCUCUUCUUCUUCUUCUUCUCCUUCUUGCUGCGGUGGUCGUGGAGGCUGGAGAGAGUUUAUCAGUUGGUUCUUCCUCGGAGAAGCAAGAUUUAGCAAUAGGGGAAGAAUUAUCUCACGGAGAUUAUGGUUCCUGGACGCCGUCUCCAAGAGUUGGAAGAAGUAGCCUGACACCUAUUCCUCAUGAUCACUCUACACGACCACAACGUAUAGUGAAGAAGGCGUAA